GGCUCCGGGGCGUGCCCACAUUAAAAAAAACAGAGGGGGCGUGCGCAUCCCCACGCAAGUGUCUUUGCUCCCAGUGCCAUUCAUUUUAAAGCGCAGCGGCUUAAACCGAGCAUCACACAGAAAGAGAUAAGACCUGUCAGAAGCAACCGGUCUGCAGGAGCCAAAUCAAAGCAUCCAGCAGGUUUCAGGUCAGGCGGAAUAACCGGAGCACUUAUUUUACGCACGGAAAAACUCGGACCUGUCAACUCACCUAAAUUCAUUUAUAACUACCUGCAGCCGAAAAUGGAGCGCGAAAUCCCUGAUUUCUCUGGCACUUGGGGGAUGAAAAGCUCGGAAAACUUUGAGGAGCUCCUGAAAGUACUUGGGGUGAAUGUGAUGAUGCGCAAGAUAGCAGUAAAAGCCGCCUCGAAGCCGCUGGUGGAGAUCACGCAGGACGGCGAGACGCUGUCCAUCAAGACGUCCACCACGGUCCGCACCACUCACAUCACCUUCACGGUGGGACAGGAGUUCAACGAGACAACGGUGGACGGGCGCCAGUGCACGAGUUUUCCACGUUGGGAAACAGACAGCAAAAUCAGCUGUGAGCAGACUCUGGUAAAAGGAGAAGGGCCUAAGACGUCCUGGACCCGAGAGAUCACCAGCGACGGCAAGCUGAUCCUGACCAUGAGGGCAGGCGAUGUGGUUUGCACCAGAGUCUACGAACGACAAUGAGCAAGAGCACUUCCCACUUUUACUGUCCUUCCAGCUACACUCUCCCCCCCACCCCCACAUGUUUCUGUGUGCUGGGAGACACCAAUCUGAAGACUUAUUCCAGUUAACCUGUUAGCUCCACCGUAUAAUAACGUGGUAAUUGUAUUUAGCAUGUCACAUUUAAAAUCUGAGCUUCUGUUUCUUAUAUUUUCCUCACGCGUUAUCCGACCUAACCAGCAUGUCAGACUUGCUAAGUUGCAGUUCAUUUUGUUUGUUGUCUGCGCGCGUGUUUGAUGGAGGGAUGUGCAGCAGCAGACGAGAUCUGCGACUCUAUUUGUAGAUGUGUAAACCAAUCCAUGAGCUCUUCCUGUAUCAGGUCAGAUUUGACGUCUGUACUCUCUCUUUCCACAGCCUUGCCACCCAUGUCACCCUAACUAAUUUGUUUUUUGUAUUUAUUACUAUACCACUUUUUUUCCACUGGGUCUCUUUUGUAUGAAAUAAUAGAGAAAAAUUACACUACUCUUUAAACAAACAAACAAAACAAAAAACAAUAAACCGCCGUGACGUCAGCUCUCUGGCGCUCCUGUGCAGAAAAAUACUGUUAAGGAGCAAAAAAGCCUUUAACGGAGCCAAAGGUUUUAUGGUUUGUGAGUGUAGCUGCAGAAUGUGCGCACAUUAAAUGGCUCCAUCUUAUUUUAGGCUUUCUCUCAGCUGUCUGCAACCAGAAUAACUCGUCUGUCCCCUCCUUCUUCACAGUCCCUGUCCAUCUUCUCCCCUCGUCUCUCUCCUGUCUGUUUCUCAUGCCCAGUUCUCUUGGGUCUUGCAGCCUUCCCCGCACCGCUGCGGAUCAGCAGCAACGGUUUUAUUUCCCUUUUGUUUGGCAGUUGAAAGUAUAUUGUUUAUUUUUUACGGUUCUUAAUAAAUUUUUAACAAGAC